UGCAGCUCAUCGGCGGCGGAGGUUUCAGUGUGAAGCGCCGGAUCUGAGGAGCCCCGUGACCUCCUCUCUUCUCUCCGCUCCUGUCCGUCGCUCCCGCCCCGCAGCAGCUGCAGCCAUGGCUCUUCUGAUGGAGCACCAGUUCAAGCCGCUGCCGGCCGAUAAGCAGGUGGAGACGAGGCCGUUCCUGGAGGCCGUUUCCCACCUGCCGCCCUUCUUCGAUUGCCUCGGCUCCACUGUUUUUGCACCUGUUAAGGCUGACAUCGCUGGCAAUAUAACGAAAAUCAAGGUGGUGUAUGACAGUAACCCAGGCCGAUUUAAGACCCUGCAGCAGAUUCUGGAGGCAGAAAAGGAGAUGCAUGGAGCCGAGUGGCCCAAGGUGGGAGCUACACUUGCCCUCAUGUGGCUCAAGAGGGGUCUGCGGUUCAUUCAGGUCCUCCUGCAGAGUUUAGUGGAAGGAGAGAGAGACGAGAACAACCCCAACCUGAUCAGGGUCAACGUCACAAAGGCCUACGAGAUUGCCCUGAAGAAAUACCACGGCUGGCUGGUUCAGAAACUCUUUAAAGCGGCGCUGUACGCUGCUCCCUACAAGUCAGACUUCCUCAAAGCUCUCUCGAAAGGUCGGGAGGUGAAGGAGGAGGACUGUCUGGACAAAGUGCGUCAGUUCCUGGUCAACUACACGGCCACUAUAGACGCCAUCUACGAGAUGUACACCAAGAUGAAUGCUGAGCUGGACUACAAAGCAUGAUUACCAUUACAUCACUGUUCCCUCCUACUGACUGCUUCUCAAACUGCUCUGCUUCUAAUUGGACGUUCUUCUCCUAAAGGACCAAGCUGCUUCAUAUUGGACUUCUGGAUGAUCAGUCAGCAUCCAUAAAAAGCUGGGUUUCUCAGAGUUUCUUGUUAGCUAUUAUGACAGCAGGAGUGCUCUGAACUUUUGUCUUAGUAAAUUUGCUGUCCUCUACAGGGUCAGUGACGGUCAGCAGUGACGCCUGGAGAAAGCUGUGUACUGCAGGGUCUGCUGUGUUAUGGGGGUUUGUUUUAUAGUCUUUCCCAAAACGAAGAGCAACAAACUGAACCUACCUAGCAGCACAACCUAAGACCAAUACAAGUCACUACUAAAUUAUCAUUUACAUAUGUAACUGUAUGGUUAUAGUAUCCUGUGGAAAACUUGAUUUCUGGAUUUAUUUGCACUGACUUAUUGAAUCAGUCAGUUUUUUUGUUUUUCUUUAUUCAGUUAUCAUCUAUAAAACUUGCUCCCCAAAACCAGAUUUGGUAAACAAAUGUCUCAGGUCCCAACUUGUAGUACUGCAAUGGAACUUCUUAGGCCAUCCAGCAUCUACCAGUGUAGGCUCUGGAGUUUCAUAGACUCUAUUCUUCCUGUUUUUGCCACUAAAAUAAAGUCCUAAAGCUCCCAGUGGGGUGACCGACAGUAAAAUAGUCAGUCAACAAAAUAUGACAAUGAAGUUAAACCCAAAAAGGGAGUUAAGGAACUGCAUAAGAUGGACUAAAAUGGAAAUGAGAAAAAUGCGGGUCACCUUUCUCAUAAAUAUAGUAUGUUUUUGAAAUUGUACUCAAGUGCAUAUAACUAAAGUAGUUACAACUGACUGUUCUAGGAAUGCACUAAAAUUAUUAAACUGAGCAUUCUAGAAAUAUCAGUAUAGUUCUAAAACUGAGUGUAGUUCUAGAAUGAUCAUCUUAGUUCUAGAACUAUCAGUGUAUUUCAAGAACUAUCAGUGUAGUUCCAGACUAUGAGUAUAGAUUCAGAACUAUCAGCGCAGUCCUAGAAUAUGACUGAAAGUUUUUUAUUAAUAGCAAGCAGUACACUUCCAGAGCUAUCAGUGAACUUCUAGAAUUAUCAGACUUCUAGACUGGACUAGACUGAUCAUUCUGGAACUACACUAGUGAUUGUAGAAAUAAGCCAUAAUGCUAGAAGUAGAGUGAGAAUUCUAUGCUUACCACUGUAGAAGUACAGUUAUAAUUCUUAAACUACAGUGAUAAUUCUAGAAUGGCACCAGCUUUAGAACUACUCUGACAGCUCUAGAACUACACCGAUAUACAGGCAGUCUAGAACUACACUGAUCAUUCGAGAACUAAACUGAUAACUAUUGGUGUAGUUCUAAAACUGUCAGCGUAGUUCUAGAACUAUGCUUAUUUCCUUAACUAACAGUGUAGUUCUAGAGCUUUUAGGAUAGUUCUAAAACUAGUGGUGCAGUUCAGUGUAUUUCAAGAACUGUCAGUGUAGCUUGAGACUACUAGUGUAGUUCCAGAACUACUGGCAUAGUUCUAGAAUGUGAUUGAAAAUUAUAUUUUUAUUACCAAUCACGAGCAAUUCUAGAACUUCACUGAUAAUUCUAGAACGACACCUUUCAUUCUAAAACUGCACAGAUCAUUCUAGAACUACACAGAGGAUUCCAAAGCUAGGAAUGCACAUUCUGACAUUAUUGCAGAUCAUUUUAGAGGCUGACAUUUCCAGAACUAGACUGAUUCUAGAAAUCUCAACUGCAAAGGGCUGAAACUUUAAAAACAGUUUGAAAACGUCCAGCGCUUUACACCUCAGCAUAUUUUUUAUGCUCAAUCGAAUGUAUAAAGUUUUUUAAAGCCUUAAUCAGGAAAACCUGUUAUUAUGGUUUUCAUAUGGCUUUGGUGGUCCUGUUUUCUUAGAAAUUUCUUGUGAGGUGAUUGGGGGAGGGGCCUUUUAAAUGCUGCUGUAGAAGCAAUAGAAAGAGCUCAUUGGCUCUCGCAUUAAAGUGAUAUUGUGGCGAAAACGUAGUUUCCCCUCUUACCCCAAACGUAGCCAAGACUUGUUUGGUGUCUGUGGUUUGCACUGGAGCUACCAGGCUAAUGUAGCCUAAGUCCACCAGUUAGCAUGAUGCUAACCGCAUGCCCAAGUCAUCACAUACUCGCCUCAAACUGUGUGGAGGUGUUCAGUGAUCUGCAAUAGCCUUGAUUAUGGUUUCUGAUGCUGCAUUGCAUGGACAAGGUCAUGUUAGCAAAGCUAAAAACAAUAGCAGCCUGAAUUAUGUCCAUUUUCUAGGUAACAUGCAGUUAGUAAAUGCUAAUUGGUCAGGUGGGGUUUUAUAAGCUUCCAUUACUUGUUAGCUAUUAGCUUCGUUGCUUCAUAGUUAGCAUGGCUAACAUCAUUAGCAGCAUGAAUUUUGUCCAUGUUCUAGAUAACAACAUCAUACAGUGUCAGUAGCCAGAUAAAUAAGUCAUGCAGUAAGUAGAUGCUAAUUGGUUUGGUGAUGUUUUAUAAGCUUCCAUUGCUUGUUAGCUAUUAGCUUCGUAGCUCCAUUGUAAAACUAUAGAAACAGACUUCAGACACCAAACAUGAACAGCAUCUGGGGCGAGAGGGUGAAUCUAGGUAAAUGGGAUUUUUUGCUAAACUCGUUUUAAUCAUUCAAAGCAGUUUGUUAGGCCUGUCAGGUGUUUGAAUUCAUCACUCAGCCGUAUUGAGUCUUUGUCCUUGUUUACCGUAUAAGGUUUAAAGUUUGUUGUGCCGUCUGAACCAAAGCGUAAAAUCACAUUAACUGUAACUUAAUUUAUUUGAUAUUAUUGAUUCAGGUACUUUGGUGUCUUUCUCUGGGUGUUGGCUAAUGCAGCUGUUGAAUUUCAUCUGGAAAUUAUGGCCUUACUAGUUUCUAAUAAGUUUGUCUUUGACUGUAAACUGACGACUGUAAAUAUAUAUUUGUGUUUGUAUGUGUGGGAAGAUGAUUUUGCGUAAUACAGGAUUUUUAAACGUUGCAAUGUGAACAAACAUCUGCACUAAAAUGUUUCUUUAAUGAUUCGUACAUGUUUUAAGAAUAAAGCUACACUGAUGUGUUUUUA